GACAGGGCGCUUUGUGUGUAUGUGGCCGCUAGCCUGACUGCCGCUUUUAUUUUCCGGGUUGCUCUCCGCGCACGCGGCAGUUGCUCGGCUGCGGCUGCCUGCUGACACUCGCGCCGAGGAGAGGAGGUCGAAGCCGACUCUCCGUGUCUGUCCCGGGGUGCGUCAGCCAGAGGACGGCUAACCGGCUCAGCAUCACCGCCACCACAAGCACCAUCAUCAUCAUCAUGGCGGACCAAGGCGAAGCCCCAGUUCCCGUCCAGUCGCCGCAACCAUCGCCGACAACCAGCUGGCCAAUUAGCAGGGAGUCGUACGAGCUACAGGAAGUCAUCGGCAGCGGGGCCACGGCGGUGGUACAGGCGGCUCUUUGCACCCCCAGACAGGAGCGCGUCGCCAUCAAGAGGAUCAACCUGGAAAAAUGCCAAACCAGCAUGGACGAGUUAUUGAAAGAAAUUCAAGCCAUGAGCCAAUGCAACCAUCCCAAUGUCGUCACCUACUACACCUCCUUUGUUGUGAAGGAUGAGCUGUGGUUGGUCAUGAAGCUUCUGAGCGGAGGCUCCAUGCUGGAUGUUAUCAAGCACACAAGCAAAGAGGAGGACGGGAAUCUGGACGAGCCCAUCAUUGCCACCAUCCUAAAGGAAGUCCUGGAGGGCCUGGACUACCUGCACAGGAAUGGACAGAUUCACCGGGACGUCAAAGCUGGAAAUAUUCUACUGGGAGAAGAUGGCUCUGUGCAGAUAGCAGAUUUUGGCGUAAGCUCAUUCCUGGCCACAGGGGGCGAUAUGACGAGAAACAAAGUUCGAAAGACCUUCGUGGGGACGCCCUGCUGGAUGGCACCGGAAGUGAUGGAGCAGGUUCGAGGUUAUGAUUUCAAAGCCGACAUUUGGAGUUUUGGAAUCACGGCCAUAGAACUAGCUACGGGGUCUGCACCCUAUCAUCGCUACCCCCCCAUGAAGGUCUUAAUGUUGACGCUGCAGAACGAUCCGCCCACCCUGGAGACCAGUGUGGAGGACAAGGAGAUGCUGAGGAAGUACGGCAAGUCGUUCAGGAAGCUCAUAUCUUUGUGCCUUCAGAAGGAACCUGCCAAAAGGCCCACAGCUGCAGAGCUUUUGAAAAGUAAAUUCUUCCAAAAAGCUAAGAACAGAGAAUAUCUGGUUGAAAAGCUUUUGUGUCGUGCACCAAAGAUAUCCCAGAGAGCAAAGAAGGUGAGGCGGGUUCCAGGCUCCAGCGGCCACCUGCACAAGACUGAGGACGGAGACUGGGAGUGGAGCGACGACGAGCUGGACGAGGGCAGUGAGGAAGGCCGGGCGGCGGUGAACCGGGGCAGGUCACGGCGGGUCAAGGAGGAGACCCAAGAUGAUGAGGAGAAUGUCAACAAUGUUCCUCUUGAUGGAUUAUCCAUCCAGCACCCCCAGGUGGAGCCCUUUGGGAAUCGUUCAUACUGUCAAGGUGCUGUGAACAUGGUGCUGCGACUACGGAACUCCAAAAAGGAGCUGAAUGAUAUCCGCUUUGAAUUCACUCCAGGACGAGACACGGCUGAUGGCGUUUCCCAAGAGCUAUUCUCAGCUGGUCUGGUCAACGGGCAUGAUGUUGUCACUGUGGCUGCUCACCUUCAGAAGAUUGUAGACGACCCAACUACCUACAAAGUAUUGACCUUCAAGCUGGUGUCCGGCUGUGACGACACGGAGCUCCCUGACGAGGUGAAGCUGAUCGGUUUUGCACAGCUGAGCGUCAGCUGAUAUCGCCUCAACUAGGUGAGACGGGCACCACUUCCUGCUGGCAUCCUCCCUUCAAACACACCCUCCCGCCCUCCCUCACCCGCCCUGGGGACUCCGCCUCCUCUUCCUCCCUGCGGCCCUCCGCCCCCUCUUCCUCCCUGCGGCCCUCCGCCCAUCCCCCCACCCGGGAUCAGGAUGCUGCCCAGGAAGCCCCACAUGCACUCAGGACGUGACAGAGGGUGGUUCAGAUGUAGCACUGGAUCUGCUAUUUAUUUAGUUUGUACAUCAGAGUACCUCCUUGUUCCACCAAGCUCUUGAUUAUUUAUUGAAAAAAAAAACAUCUGCUUUGACCGCCAUUCCAUCAACUCUCCACGCGGCAUCCUUCUCUGCUAAGCACAUUUUACAAAGAACUGGAUGAAUGUUGGUCGAACAAAAGAAAAGACAAAGAUUGUAUUGGACAAAGGAGUAUUGGGGUCACACGGGCGAGACAAAGAGGAAAUCAUAUUAUAAAAUAUAGCAAGAAAAAAAGGUUUAUCAUUUAUUCUCCCAGUAAAUUUUGGUGGUAUAUUUUUCUUAUCAUACAAUUAUUACUUCUACUAUUACCUGAUUUAUUUUUCAUCGUUGAUCAUUAAAUAGGUGCUCUGUCUUAUUGCAAUAUUAAUAUUCAUUUAAUAUUAUUCAGUGGCAUAAAAUGACAACCUGUGUGUUUCUAUAUUGUGUAAUGUAUAUAAUAUACAGUAAUAAAGUAUAGCUCGUAAUAAAUGCAUUACAACUUUAUUGUUGUAAUAUUACAUAUUCUUAAAUUAGUGUUUUUUUCUUGUAAUGUUACAAGAAAUAUCCGUUGUAAACAUUUUAUGUCAUGUGAUAUUUAGGGGUGGACCGAUAAUUACCAGGACGAUAUAAGGGAAUUAUGUCAUACCAAUAAAUCCAAUGACAUUAAAUAUAGCUCAGACAACCGAUCAUUUAAAAAACGAUUACCUGCACUCUGACCUCCGUGGCCUCACAUCGGCUGCUCGGAUCAUGUGCCCGAAUACAGUGCACCUUGCUGGGGCACAGCAGGAGGAUACCUCCGCUCUGUCCUCUGGUUCUCCUGGUAGUGGUCAUGAAAAAAUAUAUUGUACAGAAAUAAAGUGGUACUAUUACAUUAAAAGUUGUUUUAUACAACUGAAGUCAUAAGAAUAAGAGUAUCUUUUUUUCCAAUCACUAAUUUUCUGCUUCUCAAGACCAAUAUUUACAGACUUUUUUUUCAAAUGUAGAUGUGUCGUCUGUGUACACCUGGGGGAAAGAAGGACUGGAACGAAUGAGGAUGUGACCAAGUAUACUGUUGUUUAGCCCAAAUCAAAUAUGGCAUGACUAAAAUACCACAUGACUACUACCAGGAGAACCAGAGUAUAGAGGUACCUGCUACCAAGGUACCAAGAGUCACCUGCUGUGGCCCGGAAUGGUGCACUGUAUUCAGACACGCUACGAGCAGCUGGUGUGAUGCCACAGAUUUAGAGAAGUAAGACUUCUUGCAGUAUUAGAGUGUAGUGUUGGGUGUACCCCAGUACUCCUUUGUGUAGGAUCCAAAAUGUCCAAAUGCGUGAGGAAAAGCAAGACCUGGAUGCUCCUGUGCUCAGACAGUUCAAUGCUUGGAAACGCUCAAGGUGCCUUGUUCACGUUCCCGUGCCUAAGACAGUAUUUCUUGUCAAUGAGGGACACACGCACACACACACAAAGAACAGAAUUGUGAUCAUCUUAGCAUUUAGCACACAUCACAUGGAGCAGGGAAAAGGUGGAAGCACCUUUGAUAUCUGCACCCAACAAGCACACGCCUUCACCCCCAAAGACAACAACUUAUAUGCUUUCUUGCCUUUUUUUUUUUUUCUUAUCAUCACAAACAUCUGCAAGUGCAGCUGUGACGAUGCCAUCAUCUCCUCCUCUUCCUCUUCUUGGUCUCUUUUCAUUGCUCCAACCUGCUGCACAAGACUUUAUGCUCCUGUCGAGAAACAAAUCCUAAACGUGCUACUGCAACAAUAAGGCCAUCUAUCAUAAAGUCUCGUAGCGUAGCGUGGACGUGUUCGAUAGCUUACCUAAUAACCAAAUUCUUCAUUUUAUGAAAUGUAUAAUAUAUGUAACCAUGUCUACAUAUUUCAGCCCAACCUGCCCCGCCCACCCCAACUUUGCUUUGUGACAAAGGAGCAGCACAUUAAAGGAUUAUUGCUAUUAACAAAGG